AUGGCGGCUCAAGUAGAAGAUGAUGUCGCCAACCUGAAGUUGGACGACUCCACCACCAAGCCUACAAACGGCACCUCGCAACCCGACUCCAAACUCAGCGCCGAAGCAGAAGAUUCCGACGACGAUGCUGAGGGCGACGGGAAUGGUACGGGAGAAGCAGGAGCCGAUGGUGCUGCCAAAAAGAAGAAGAAGAGAAAGCCACGCAAGAAGAAGAAGGCUGGCACCUCCGCCACAGCAGGAGCAAAGUCACAAACCUCACCCCCACGCGUUCUCAUCUCCGACCUCUUCCCCAACGACAGUUACCCCGAGGGUGAAAUCUGCGAAUACCGCGACGAAAACAGCUACCGCACCACGAACGAAGAGAAACGCCACCUCGACCGCAUGAACAACGACUUCCUCACCGACUAUCGCAAGGGCGCUGAGAUCCACCGCCAGGUACGCCAAUGGGCUGCAAACUGGAUCAAGCCGGGCAUGACGCUCACCGAGAUUGCCGAGGGCAUCGAGGACUCUGUGCGAGCUCUGACGGGCCACCAAGGGCUGGAAGAGGGCGAUGCACAGAAAGCGGGAAUGGGAUUUCCAACGGGUCUGAGCAUAAAUCACUGCGCCGCACACUAUACACCAAAUGCGGGCAACAAGGUGGUGGUCAACUACGAGGAUGUGAUGAAGGUCGAUUUCGGUGUCCACAUCAACGGCAGAAUCGUCGACAGCGCCUUUACCAAGACGUUUGAUCCCGUCUACGACCCGCUGGUGGAAGCAUGCAAGGCCGCGACCAAUGCGGGCAUCAAAGAGGCAGGCAUCGAUGUGCGCAUGAGUGACAUUGGCGCCGCAAUCCAAGAAGUCAUGGAAAGCUACGAGGUAGAAAUCGGCGGCAAGAUGCUACCCGUCAAGUGCAUCAGAAAUCUCAACGGCCACAGCAUCGGCCACUACACCAUUCACGGCGGCAAAACCGUGCCCAUUGUCAAGGGCAGCGACCAAACGAAAAUGGAAGAAGGCGAAACUUUUGCCAUUGAAACCUUUGGCUCAACAGGCAAAGGCUACGUCCGCGACGAUAUGGAAACAUCACACUACGCCCUCCGCCCAGACGCCCCCAAAGUCGCCCUCCGCAUCUCGUCUGCAAAAUCGCUCCUCGCCUCCAUCACCAAGAACUUCGGUACCCUCCCCUUUUGCCGCCGCUACCUCGACCGCCUCGGCCACGACAAGUACCUGCUGGGUCUCAAUAAUCUGGUCAGCAGCGGUAUUGUCGAGGCCUACCCGCCGCUGUGCGAUAUCAAGGGCAGUUGGACGGCGCAGAGUGAGCAUACGUUUGUGUUGAGGCCGACUUGCAAGGAGGUGUUGAGUCGGGGGGAUGAUUAUUAG